AUGUCCUUCCGCUACGGGGGACACGGCGGAGGCCUCGGUGGGGGCCUCGGCCGGGGCUACGGGGCGUACGGCGCCAGCGGUGCGUACGGCGCUGCUGGCCCUUACGGCGCCGGCGCCAGCGGUGCGUACGGCGCUGCUGGCCCUUACGGCGCCGGCGCCGGCGGCGCGUACGGUGCCGGCGGCGCGGACUGUGCGACCGCAUGCUGCGCCAGCACCAGCGCCUGCAUGGGCUGCGGCCCCGCCUGCGGCGUGGCCUGCGCCGAGGGUUCCGGCUGCGGCGCCGGCGGCAGCACGAUUCUUAGCUACGUCGGCGCGGGGGGCGACUACGUCCAGGAGACCACCUACCGGUACGUGGGCAUGGGCGCGGGCGAGUUCGGCGUGGUGCGCAUCCCAGGGCGCGGCCCGAGCUGCUGCCUGCUCGUGAUCCCCCUGGGGCUGUGUCUGCUUCUGCUGCCUCUCCUGCUGUUCGCGCUGAAGAAGAUCAACUGCGGCGAGGGCGACGUCGUGUCCUGGGACGUGCCCAAGAAGGUCUACUGCUGCCUGCACGAGGGUAAGGGCUGCCCGACGACGCCGGCGGCGCCCAGCACCAUGCCGAUGCCAGUGGUGACGACGGCGAGGAGCACCACAUCUCCGUGCCCGAUUGAUUGCAACGCCGGCUACAACGACCUGGACCCGCUGCAGUGGGUCCGCGGCUGGUCCGGCGAGAAGAAGCUGUAUUGCUGCAAGAGCGACCUAGCGAGCUACCCCCAGCACAUGGGCGUCUCCCAGUGCAUGGUGGUCGUGGAGGGCCAGCGGCGCCGGCGGCGCCCAGGCUUACGGAGUGCUCGAGGGGAUCCUCGCCGCCGGCCCCGCGGAGAAGGCACCUGA